CGUAUUCGCAAUCGCAAUCGCAUUCGUAUCUACGUCAGCUGCGUCAGCUAGUGGCGGCCACCAGCCAGUGAAUUUGAAUUACAAUCGAAAUUUGUCGUAUCUCAAAACUGAAACUGAAUCUCAAAUCACAAAAAAACUGAACCAGAAGUGUCAGUUGAACGUGUGUGAGUGUUGCGUGAAGCGCGCGUCGCCGUCGUCGGUCGUUUCGGUCAACGCUAAUAACAAUAAUAAUUAUAAUAACAAUAAUAAUAACAACAACAUCAGUGGCAACAGCAACAGCUACAGCGACAGCAACAAUAAUAAUAAUAAUAGUUUGUAAUAACAAUAAUGAUAACACUAUGAAUGUUAAACAAGUCAUUGAAUUCGAAAUGAUUGAAUAGGCGCCACCACUUCGAAUCUUCUUCAAAUCAAUAUUUACUAAUUAACACACACACACACACACAGAGUAUGGUGCAAGUGAAUUAAAUACGAGUGCAAUUUAAAUUAAAAAUAAAAAUUAUUACGAAACCAAAAUCAAGUAUACGCCACACGAAACUUUGUUACAAUAAAUUUUUUAAAUAUUUAAACUAAAUUAAUUUUACGUAUUUUUACAAAGUGCAAUAAUUUAUCGAAAUUAACUGAAAACUAAAAUAACAAAAAAUUUACAAAAUUUAAUAUUUGUUAAUUAACUGAAUUUUGUCCAGUGCACAGUGAGCACACAAACACACAUAACUGAAAGUUUAUUCGUAUACGAGUGUUGAGUGCGUCGCGUGCAGUUACUUUUGGUAGCUGCUGUAGUCGUGCAACAAAACCGCCAAAAUUCUCACCGCCAACCACAACUACAACAACAGUAAUAACAACAACAGCAGCAACGAUAUGAAUUCGUACUUUGAACAGGCCUCCGGCUUCUAUGGCCAUCCGCAUCAGGCAUCGGGCAUGACAAUGGGCACAAGCGGCCAUCACGAUCAGACGACGGCCAGCGCCGCAGCGGCCGCCUACAGAGGCUUCCCGCUGUCGCUGGGCAUGUCGCCGUAUGCCAAUCAUCAUCUGCAGCGCACCACACAGGAUUCGCCGUACGAUGCGAGCCUCACCGCUGCCUGCAACAAGAUCUACGGCGAGGCUGGCAGCGCCUACAAACAGGACUGUCUCAACAUCAAGGCCGAUGCCGUCAAUGGCUACAAGGACAUCUGGAACACGGGCGGCACCAAUGGCGGCGGCGGCGGUGGUGGAGGCGGUGGCAACACCGGCAGCGCUGGCAACACCUCAAAUGGCUCCAAUGCACCCAACACGGCCAAUGGACAGAAUAACCCCGGCGGCGGUGGUGGCAUGCCCGUCCGCCCAUCCGCCUGCACGCCCGACUCCCGCGUCGGCGGCUACUUGGACACAUCGGGCGGCAGUCCGGUCAGUCAUCGUGGUGGCGGCAGCGCUGGGGGCGGUGGCAAUGGAGCCGGCGGUGGCGGUGUGGCACAGAAUUCGGCCAGCGGCGUGGGCGGCGGCGGUGUGGGCGCGGCCACAGCCUGGAAUGCCAAUUGCACCAUAUCGGGCGCUGCAGCGGCACAAACAGCGGCCGCCAGCAGUUUACACCAGCCCGGCAAUCACACCUUCUACCCCUGGAUGGCAAUCGCAGGUGAGUCCACAGCAGAUCCAAUCAAAAGUAAGAUAAGAUCUGAUUUAACACAAUACGGCGGCAUAUCAACAGACAUGGGUAAGAGAUACACAGAAUCUCUUGCGGGCUCUCUUCUACCAGACUGGCUAGGCACAAAUGGUCUGAGGAGACGCGGCCGACAGACAUACACCCGCUACCAGACGCUGGAGUUGGAGAAGGAGUUCCACACGAAUCAUUAUUUGACCCGCAGACGGAGAAUCGAGAUGGCGCAUGCGCUGUGUUUGACAGAGCGACAGAUCAAGAUCUGGUUCCAGAAUCGUCGAAUGAAAUUGAAAAAGGAAAUCCAGGCGAUCAAGGAGCUCAACGAGCAGGAGAAACAGGCGCAGGCGCAAAAAGCGGCGGCGGCAGCUGCGGCGGCGGCGGCGGUGCAAGGCGGCCAUUUAGAUCAGAAUUAGAAUGAAUUAAAUGAAAAACAAAACAAACAAUAUAUUGUAACAAAAAAACAUUUACUUAACUUAAUUGCAUACGAGUAAUAAUUAAAAAAUACGGUAUGAAUAUUGUACGUGUAUAAUAUACGAGUAUACCAGCAAAAAAUGAUAAUUUAAAUUUAACAAAAAAAUGUGUGUGUGUGUUUGAAAAAGCAACCGAAAAUACGUAAAUGCGAACAGCAACAAAAACUUACAAAUAAAUUUACUAGACCUAAGUAAGUGACAGAUUAAAAAAAAGUAGUGAACAGCAAAAAAACAAAAACAAAAA